GUCACGUGACCCCCGCCUCCGUGGAGUGGAUGGCGAUGGCUCUCCACGUCAGCUUUACGUCUCUAAAUUUCUGCCUUGGCGGAGCAGCUUUGAAAGAGGCGAAGGGAAAGCGGGGCGCUUCAGAGCCAUGCUCGCGGCGGGUGUGGAGGAAUCCAAGGCCAGCGUCGAGUCGUAGAACCCCGGGCUCCAGGAUGGAUUUUGACGAGCGCGUCCCCGUCGGCUCCAAUAUGUAUUUACCCAGCUGCACCUACUACGUGUCGGCCGGUGCCGAGUUCCCCGCGCUGCCUUCCUUUUUAUCCCAGAGUCCCAGCACCCGGCCCGUGACCUACUCGUACUCCUCGAACCUCCCGCAGGUCCAGCCUGUCAGGGAGGUGACGUUCCGGGAGUACGCCGCCAUCGACGCGUCGAGUAAAUGGCCGCACCGGGGCAAUUUGACGCAGUGUUACCCGGGCGCCGAGGACAUGGUGCACCGGGACUGCUUGUCGGCGCCGACGGAGCUUUUCGGCAAAAGCGGCACCGCGGCCGCCGCCGCCGCCGCCGCCGCCUACCACCACCAUCACCACCACCACCAUCACGGCGCAGCCGCCGCCGCCGGAUCUUCCAAUUUCUACGGCAACGUGGGGAGAAACGGCGUCCUCCCGCAAGCUUUCGACCAAUUUUACGAGACGGCGUACGGCACGGCGUCGGAGAGCCCCUCCGCCGUCGGCUACUCCGGCGACAAAACGCACAGUAAGCAACCCGCCUCGGCUCCGGACGACUCGGGGUCGGGCUCCUCCUGCCGGGACGCCGACGCCAAGGAGCCCCGGGAGGACACCAGCAGCCCCGAACUCUCUUCCGGCAACAAUGAGGAGAAAUCCAGCAGCAGCAGCGGCGGCAGCAGCAAUGGACAGAGAACCCGCAAGAAGAGAUGCCCUUAUUCCAAAUAUCAGAUCAGAGAACUUGAGAGAGAAUUUUUUUUCAGCGUGUAUAUUAACAAGGAGAAGCGGCUGCAGUUGUCUCGGAUGCUCAACCUCACCGACCGCCAAGUCAAAAUCUGGUUUCAGAACCGCCGCAUGAAGGAGAAAAAGCUGAACAGAGACAGGUUGCAAUAUUAUACAUCCAACCCUCUGCUCUAGUGAGCGACUUAUUUGGAUCCACGCGGGUGUCCCCCCCCCCUCCCCCUUUCCACCACCGCCAUGACUCUCUCAGGCUGCGGUUGUUGUCACUUACCGCCACAAUGGCCGCCAAAACAACUGUGGGGCAUUUCAAGUUCGCGGACUAGCACCCGAAAAAAGCGAGCUUGGAUGAAGACUUUAUUAUUAUUUUUUUUUUUGCUUCAUGGACCUUUCUUCUGCUAUUGAAGCUCUUAUUUUGAAAUUGCGACUCUAUUGCGCGCGCAAUGAACGCCCACCUCACGCAAUCGUGAAUUUCACUCGUCCUCGUCUUUUUUUUUUGUCUUUGUCAGUUUUGACUCGGACUGAACCAGUGUAUUUUGUUAUCAAAAAUGUAUAUAUAUUUUUUGUACGGAUGGAAUCACAGAAAGGAAGUCACGUUUAAUUAAUAAGUGAAUCAAUAGAAGUAUUGGUGUGACCAAAUAGUGUUUUAACGAAUGCGAAUGUAAACGUAAUGUUUUUUUUCUUCUUUGUGCGCGCGUGUGCCUAUUUAUUUUGUAGCCACUCGUUUACGGUCUUUUUCAUGUCACGUCUAACCAAGUCAACCUUUAUUACAACAAGCAGGUUAAAUGUAUUUAUAUCCCCUCUUUUUAUACCCCGUAAACCUUCAAUGCCGUUUUGAAAUUUUUUUUCUUCCCUAUUGCCUUUUUAGUCAAAUACUUGGCAGCAGGCCUCGAACCACCAGAGACAUAAGCUCGUCCACUGGAUCCACGGGAGUUGCACUGAGGUUCACGCCCAAAACACAGGUAUCGAAACAUGCAGCCGGUCUCCUGCAUAAUUCCUCAAAUUGAUCCAACUCAAUUUGUUCUGGUUUCUUUCAUGACUCGCAAACGGUUCUUGCGGUCGCAUAAUCUGAAUAUUAUGGAAAUAACUUUUCUAAAAAAAAUCAUGUAUAUGCUGUCAGGGCGAAAAGCUGGUCAGGGUUAACGUAUCGAAUUUCCUGCUUGUUAGACCCCCCCCCCCAAACACGAUUGUGUAUUAUAUUUCCAAAUAAAACCAAUUGAAAAUAUCA